AGUCACUUACUCACUGUAGGAAACCUCUGAUGAACUCGGACGGUGAGGCAUUGUCUCCAGCUUCUAAGAAAUCUCGUGGUACUGCUCAAUUGCCGUACAGUAUACCGUUGGAAGAGGUUCAAGAAACGGCGAGAGAAGCUCAGUGGGGGACCAAGACCAUAGGGUCGUACUCUUGGGACACAACAUCAACUCUGAAGGAACCACGUAUAGUGGUACCUGGAGUGCCACCUGUUUACAAGCCAGCGAGGAGGUCUUUCACACUGCAGAGGGAAAUCAGGCAAGCGUCUAACUAUGUUGAGGAAUACGAUCUGUCGGUGCCCACUGAGUCCAUCGUUCACGUUAUGUCGCUGUGUGAUCCUAACUUCGACUGGAGUAGUGUAGAUCUCGUGACGGACCGCAACAAUCUUCGAAAGCUCCUACGAUUCUUAGAAGCAUCGCCUGGAGCCCCUCUCUUUCCCGAUGCUGAGGAAAGCUUUGAGAUAAUCGUCGAUGUGCCUGAUGGUCGGAGACCGGUUGUGUUCACAUGUGACCUUCAUAAGGAUACCCCUGCCCCUCUAGGGUUCGGCCAUGUCUUCGAGGAGCGCCUUACGACGAUGCCGGAAGUGGCCAAGACCUUGCAUGGGUACUUCAGGCUUAUUCUGCUCAACCUCGAUGGUUUCAAGGUGGUGGUGCGAACUGAAGUAGAUGCACUCGAUAAGCCCUUGAAUGAUGGUGCUUGCCCAGAAGGGCCUUGGCGACCAUGCAAUGAUAGUGCCACGGGCCUGCAUCAUCGUGCGAGUGGAACCUUCAACGAUGCUGAUGGUGCAGUGGUCGAGAUGAAGACCAAGAGCGCCUUUUUCCCUGACUUUCCUUGGAGGUCCACAUUCUACCAAAUGCUACUCGGCAAGGUGGACAAGUUGGUUCUGGGCUGGCACAAGAAGGGCCACUUUCCACCACCGAUAGAGUAUAGUUUCAAUGACGUACGAUCGAAGGCGAACGAUGAUGUGAACAAACGAUUAUAUCAAUUGGGCGUCUUACUCGACCGAGUGGUCUCCUUUGUGAAACAGGCAGGUGUUCCGAAGGCGCUCAAGCUGGUGUGGGAUGGUGGUGCUACUGAUCUCAGGAUUGAGGAAAGAUGCUUGAACAGUGACGAGGAGAUUACUCAUGGUACAUUAACUUGUAAAUUUUUUGAGUCGUACAUUCAACCGUAGA